UAAGUCUCAAACAUAAACUAUAGUAAGUAUGAGCCUGCUGUGUUUUUCUGUCUCAAUGCUUCACUCUUUCUGGCCUCUUUCCAUUACACUUUUCUCUUGCGUGUCUGAGUCAUUUUUCCAUUCAUUUUAUAAUCUUUUCAGUCCUCUUGUAUCUCUUCUGGUCAUUUCUGUUACCUCCCUUUCUCCCCCUUUUCCCGUUUGAUUGCACCUCCCUCUUGUUCAGACCAUGACGCCCAUGUCCAGAACAGAGAACAUUCCAUGGAAGCAGAACAGAGCAGAUUCCAGAUGUCCUGUGGUGGCUCACGUUGAUGACAUCACUCUAUAACACUGCUUUCUUUUAAAGUGACCCAAACAACCGUAUCAAAUCCUGGAACAGUGUGUUCAUGCUCCCUCAUGACUCUGUCUCUCUCUCUCUCUCUCUCUUCAGAUGACACAGUGUACAUGGAGGGUGAGAAAGAGCUGAAGGAGUAUGUCUUAAAUGACACUGGAAGAAUCUACUAUGGCACUGAGAAGCAGAUCGGAGCUCGUACAUGGAACUUCGGCCAGUUUGAUGAAGGAAUUCUGGAGGCCUGUCUGUUUGUGCUGGAUAAUAGCGAGGUUCCUCCCUCGGGUAGAGGAGAUCCUGUCAAUGUGGUCCGAGUCAUUUCUGCCAUGAUCAAUUCCCCGGAUGACCGUGGCGUUCUGGAGGGAAACUGGUCUGGGAAUUACGCGGGUGGGAUGUCUCCCUCGGCUUGGAGUGGAAGUGUUGAAAUCCUCAGGCAAUACCACAAAGAAGGAGGAACGCCUGUCAAAUACGGCCAGUGCUGGGUGUUUUCUGGGGUCACAACCACAGUAUUGAGAUGUCUAGGUAUUCCUACGCGUUCCGUAACUAAUUUCCAGUCUGCACAUGAUACGGAUGUGUCCUUGACAACAGAUGUGUAUUUUGAUGAGAACAUGGAACCAAUCCAUCAUCUCAACUCGGACUCUGUAUGGAACUUCCAUGUUUGGAAUGACUGCUGGAUGGCUCGUUCGGAUCUGCCUCCUGGUAUGGGUGGCUGGCAGGCCGUGGAUUCCACACCCCAGGAGACCAGUCAUGGGACGUUCCGCUGCGGCCCGGCGUCACUGGCCGCUAUCCGCUCUGGACAGGUGUACCUAAAAUUCGACACACCUUUCGUCUUCGCUGAGGUGAACAGUGAUAAGAUCUACUGGCAGAGGAACCUGGACAGCACCUUCAGUCAGAUCCACAGUGAGAAGAAAGCUGUCGGUCACUGCAUCAGCACUAAGGCGGUGGGCUCCGACGAGCGGGUCGACAUCACACACCUUUACAAAUAUCCUGAAGACUCGGAGGAGGAGCGUAUCGCCGUGGAAACCGCCUGUCGCUAUGGCAGUAAACCCGACGUCUACUCCAGUCCCAUUGCUGAGGACUUGCGGGUGGAGGUGAUGAUGGAGGGAGAAGGUCCACGCAUGGGAGGAGACGCUCAGCUGAAGAUCGUGGUGAAGAACACCAGCUCUCAGCCGCGCAGAACCACCCUCCACAGCCAGGUGGCGGUCAUGUACUACACCGGCAUUCUGAAGGACACCGUGAAGAAGGACACGCUUAAUGUGGAGCUCAAGCCACAGGAAGAGAAGAUCAUUGACUGGGUGCUGCCAUACACGCAGUAUCAGAAUCAGCUGGUGGACCAGGCCGCGCUCAUGCUGACCCUGUCAGGACGGGUCAGUGAGACCCAGCAGGUUUUGGCCAAUCAGACCAGCUUUAGGCUCCGAACACCUGAUCUCCACAUUGAGCCUAUAGGAGGGGCGUGUGUGGGCAAGGAGACGUCCGCGAAGAUCACCUUCACAAAUCCUCUGCCUUGUACUCUCCGUAAUGUGGUUAUCCGAGUGGAAGGACUGGGGCUGAGAGACCUCCAUCCCAUCAGAGUCGGUGAUGUGAGCAAACAUGCCAACGUGACGGUGACGGAGCACUUCAUCCCCACGAUAGCGGGCAAGAGGAAGCUGGUGGCGUCUCUGGACUGCAAACAGCUGUCGCAGGUGCACGGCGUGGCCGACAUCGAUGUUCACGAGAGCCAGUGAAUUCAGUCUGCUGUUCAGACUUCACAGUAUUAUAUCUGCAUUAUAAUUGCACAAACCAUUUUUAAGAAGUUUAUGCUGAGCCAUAUGGUUAUGUCUUUAAAGAAAUAACCCUCUUUUUCACAUAAGAGCGCUCCUACUGUAUGUCCCUAAUUUGAAGUUAGUUUUUAUUUCAUUUUAGACAUUAUUUAUUUAAAAAACUGUAUUUGCUUUACUGUGUGUGAUCAAGUGUUUCUAUUUGCCACUGAAAAAAGUAAGCUCUUAUAUAUUAACACAUGGUUAUUAAAAUUUUAUUUAAUGACUGUUCAUCUAAAAUAUCGUAAUUGUUGUUUAAACGAUAUGUGAUGUGAAAAUGAUCAAGUAUAUUGCAAAAACCAAACAAAAACACACCCAGAAAGUACACGCAUACACUAUGAGAUGCAGUUUAGAUUAAUGCGCAAGCAUAUUUAGAGUUCACACUAUCACUGCAUGAUUUAUUCUAUUAAAAUACAUUUAGAAUUCCCUCAAAAUUCAAGACAAGGGGGCAAAUAUGUCCCUGUAUGACUUUUAUAUGUCUUUUAUAUUCAGCUGGUACAUUUAAUAUCACACAAAGAGUAUUUUUUUCUCCAAAUAUCAGUACGAUUGCAGAUGUGAUAUUGAUUUUAUAAAACAGUCCAAUAAACAAGAAGUUAAUAUUAAUUGACUUACUGUUUCAAACGAAGCCACAGCAGAACUGUUUUGUGUCUCCGAGCAACACAACGGUGUUUGAACGAAUCAGUUGAAU